UUUCGGUUCUUUAUCAACAAGGAUGGUUACCGCAGAGUAGACGUGUAUAUCACUUACAUCUUGGUGGUUGGGGCCUUUGUCCUUGAGAUGACAUCAUGGAUCAUGGCACUAGGGUCGACGUGGGCACGCCAUUUCCUGUACAUUCGGGGAUGGAACCGGCUUUACCGUGUAACUGUGUCUCUUCGCCGGCUUGUCAAUGCAGUAGGAUGGAGGAUGUGGUCAGGCAACGUUGGGCAAUUCAACCUCUUUAAGUAUGCACAAGAGCAUGCAUCCAUGGACAUGCAUAAACUGAAGGACUUGGCUCCUCCCGUGCACAUUUCUGCACCUACCAAGGACUUGGUGGUGAAUAUGAUCACCAAGAUAGUGGCGAGGCAUGGUGGCGAAGCGGAUGGUUUGUAUUCCUUGAACCAGAAGGUGGAGAACUGUGAGCUCCCUGUACUUGACUGUGAUUUUGACACAAGAAUCAUCAUUUGGCACAUCGCCACUCAUGCUAUUCUUCUCUGGAUCAAGGACAAAGAGAGGCAACGAGAUGAUCGCAACUACGAGAAGGCAAUCAAGACGCUGUCCAAUUACAUGGUGUUUCUCCUCGUGAAGCACCCGGAGAUGUUGGUGGCCCAUACUAGCCGCCAAUUGUGCCUAGAAGCCUUGAAUCUGCUCAAAUUUGUGGACACAAACGGACUCGCCGAGUAUCUUUCACAGGACACUCUGCCUGUGCAGGGGCCGCUGAUGAAGAAUGACCCUUGUGUCAGGGGAAUGGCGCUUGCCAAGAGCCUGGUCGGUAACGAAUGGGAGAGGCAUCACCUGCUGGAGGUGGUAUUUGGGGCUUGGGUCGUGAUGUUAUGCUACGCAGGCAGCCACUGCAACAGGGAUUCCCACGCUAGGAGGCUGAGCAGCGGCGGCGAGUUUCUAACCAUCGUGUGGCAGCUAGCAGGGCACCUCUCCCAUUAUGAGAGAGAGAAGCACGAGCAAGCUCGGAAAGAAGCUAGUAUAACAAAGUGGCGUGAGGAAGAUAGAAAACACACCAUGCGUCUGAGGAGACCUUUGAUUGGCCGAGGGGAUGGGAUGCUACAAAGAGACGUUGAACUUGGAGCAACUUCCUACUCUCAUAUCGACCAAGGCAACAGGAGCAAUGCAGCUCCUGAUACCUGAGGGUUGUUCUGCAUUAUGCCCGCAGUUAUAAAAGGAUUUGAGUAGGUCGGUAGGGCAGCUUGCGUUCAUGAUACAUUUUGCCUUCUGCCCUACAGGCUUUAUUCGAAGCGAGUAAAUUCAGUGGACAUGUAUGUCAUGAAACAAGCUCGCAAAGCAUUUCAAGACUAUUACUGCAGGGGCCUAGCAAAAUGGCUUGGGUGGUGCAGGAAGUUUCUGAAUCGAAGUUUUAUUCAUCUGGCUUGACCGGUAAUGUUAUCCCUUUGAUCGAUCUGUAGACUGUAGUAGGAGUGAAGGCACUUGUUGCUUUAGUUAGUGCUUUUUGUAUGGUAUGUUAUCUAGUUUUGGUCUAUGUCUUUUUUAUAUGAGUGGGGG